ACGACUAGAGGUAACAUGUUUUCCAGAACAAAUACAGCACAGACUUUGAAAAUUCACAACCCACAAGAAGUUCAAAUGGUGAUAAGAAGAGGCUUCAAAGUUUCGGCAGGCCCAUUACAACAUGGUGAUUAUGAAUGGCAAGAUCCGAAAUCUGAAGAUGAAGUAGUCAACAUUGUCAUAGUAAACAAGGCUGGUGAAAAAAUUCCAAUUCGAGGGAAAGUUGGAGACAACGUUCUUUAUCUGGCUCACAGAUAUGGGGUGGAAAUGGAAGGAGCUUGUGAAGCAUCGCUGGCCUGUUCAACCUGCCAUGUGUAUGUUCACCCAGAUUAUAUGGACAAGCUGCCGGAGCCUGAAGAAGGAGAGGAGGACAUGCUGGACAUGGCUGUAUUUCUCAAGGAUAAUUCCAGACUUGGAUGCCAGAUUAUUUUAUCCAAAGACUUGGAGGGCAUGGAACUGACAUUGCCGAAGGCGACCCGUAAUUUUUACGUGGAUGGCCAUGUCCCACAACCACAUUGACGAAUGUCUAUUGUGGAGUCACUUAAUACUAGAUUGUCUGUGAUACAUGUAUUUAUCUGUAAAUACUGUAACUGCCGUUAGAAAUCCAGUGUUAUUGCCGUAAUUCCUCCACAUUUUCGCAUAUGAAAGAACAACUUUCAGUGCAAUUUAUGCAUAUUUUGGUUUGAUUUUGGAGACAAAACUACAUUGGUUGGGUUGGUCAGUUUCAGGGCUUCACAGAACGUGCAACUUUAUCUGUCUACACGGAAUAAUGCCUUCAGAACAUGCCUGAGUAAACACCUUGCAAACACGUGAAAAGGAUGAAGAAUUACAGUAUUGGUAAACUAGUCUCACAAAAUCCCAGACUGUCUGAUGUUAUGUGGCAUCCAGCGGACAGUCCAAUAAUGGAAUUCUUUAAAAAAAUUUUAGGAAACAACAACAGCAAAAGGAUUUCAAAUAGAUUUUUUGGGAUCAUAUUAUUCACAGACUUUUUUUGUGUGCAUUCAGAUGUCUUUUUGCUCAGAGUGAAAACAA